AUGGAAUGCAAGGAGAAUAGGAAAAGCUUCAACUCUUACCACGAUAGAGCCAGGAUGGACAUCAGCCACCUGAUCUAUGCUGAUGACAUCCUGCUGUUCACUAGGGCUUCUAAGCCUGCUACCAAGUGUAUUAUGGAGUGCCUUCAACAUUUCCAACAGGUGUCUGGGCUACAGGCCAAAUACUCUAAGUCUGUACACUCUGGGGAGGUCAAUAGGAAGGUGGGAGACUCCAGAAUUUGGGCUCAAAUGCUUAAGGCCAGAGAAGACAUUGAUAAGCUGCUAAGAUGGGAGUUGGGACAAGGGAAUAUUAACUUCUGGAAAGACAACUGGUGUGAUAAUGACUGUUUAGAACCUUUGCAGGAUGAAAAGGAGGGUAAUUUAUUAGUCAAGGACUGUUGGGUUGGCAAUGCCUGGACUAGAGAUAGCAUCUCAAAAGAUAUCCAGAAGUAUCUGUACAGAUGGGAAACUUACCAAAGGAAUAUUUCCUCUCGUCAAAAACACCUCACCCCCUCCAUGUUGUUCUUUGCUUGGAGAGUACUUAAUAACCUUCUCCCCACUGAUGAUACUCUGGAACUUAAGGGCCUGAAAGGCCCUUCUAGAUGCCAUCUAUGCAACCUAGAUCAGGACACCAGAGAUCAUCUUUUCUUCAGGUGCAACUUUGCCAAGGAGGUUUGGAGUAGAUUAACUUCCCAUAUGAACAUCAACCUGAUUAACAUUGGGUGGGAAAACAUUACUGACUGCACCAAAGACUGGAAAGGGAUAAACCUAAUGCUAAUUCCUUUCGUUGUUGCUUGGUUUAUUUGGAUGGUUGGAAACAUGGCCAAACAUGAGAAUAGGGAUGCCAGUGCUACAUGGGUGAUGUCUAAUUGCUGGGCUUACCUAAACAAGCUAAUUCACUGGAGGAAGUUCCCCAUGAUCCUGCAGACCACUUACAUGGGUGCUAAUCACACUAAAAUUAUCAAGGUGAGAUGGGAGAUACCUCCUUAUCCUUUCAUUAAAAUUAACACUGAUGAAAGCUACACAAACAAGAGAGCAGGUAUUGGGGGUAUUUUCAUAGACCACAAAGGGAAGACUUUGUUGUUCUACAAGGCCCCUUACAUAGCUGAUGAUACUUUAGAAACUGAAGCUGCUGCUCUAUUUUAG